GUCGUGAGAGAUGUGUGGCUGCACGGCCAGCUCUGCGAACGCCGAGCAGUCCUCUGUCCAUCCCAGCAGGGAAGCCGCUUCGGCCGCAGCCAGCAUGCCCAAACGCAUACCCAUCUCCAAGCAGCUGGCCUCGGUGAAAGCUCUAGGGAAAGGCUCGGACCUAGAAAAGGCUUUUGCCACCGCAGUCCUGGUCUAUAGCAACGCCGCUGACCCCGAAGGCAAACUCAGCAAAGCAGGAGCCAAGACCUUGCUGCAAACCCAGUUUGGGCAUUUCAUACAGGGCCAGGAGAACAAGCCAAAAUACAAGGAAAUUAUUUCUGCUCUUGAAGAAGAUCCGGAUAACAAACUCGAGUUUGAAGAUUUCAUGAUCUUGUUACUCAGCAUUGCUCUGAUGUCCGACCUCCUGCAAGAGAUCAGAAACGUGAGAAACACCAAAUGAUCCACGCUUGGCAAGAAGAAUGAAAGCUAUAGCAGUGUACAUAAGAGAAGUAGCGGCCAAGAGUGAGAUAGCAGACACACACAAUGCUGUAAAUAUGGCAGUACCCUAACGCUGUUUCCUUUUAAAUAGAAUAAAGUCUGGGUCAGACAGG